AUGGUUUGUGUAGUGCUCUCCAAGUGCUCCAGCAUUCACAAGUCUGUUGACUACCCGGGAAUUGGCUUCUUCGACACCGAUGGCCUCCUGGACUACCUCCCCGAGGACCCCUUCAAGAUGGAGCCCUCUUUCUACCUGUACACCCGUGAGAAUCCCACCGAAGCAGAAGUGCUCCUCUGGAACAACACCGAGUCGGUGGAAAGCUCCCGGUACUACAGCAAUGGCCGACCGACCAAGGUGAUCAUUCACGGGUACGUGGAGACGCCCGCUUCUCGGCCCUGGAUCGGCGACAUGAAGGACAAGUUUCUGGAGGCCUUUGAUUUGAACGUCAUCAUCAUCGACUGGAGCAAGAACAGAGCCAACAGAGGACGCUACGGACAGGCGGCGGCCAAUACGCAGGUCAUUGGCCCCAUGGUAGCCAUUCAGGUUCAGCUGAUCUGUAGGCUGAAGAAUGCCACUGAAUCUCAGUUUCACUUGAUCGGACAGAGUCUGGGAGCACAUCUUUCAGGCUUUGCGGGAAAAUUUUUAAACGGAACGCUUGGUCAGAUUACGGGAAUGGACCCCGCUGGACCGAGCUUUGAGGGCGCCGAGCCGCAGUACCGGCUGUGGUACACUGACGCCCAGUUUGUGGACGCCAUUCACACCGACAUGCGUCCGGUCAUUGGCCUGGGAAUGGGAGAAGCCUGCGGAACGAUAGACAUUUACCCGAACUCAGGUCACCGUCAGCCAGGUUGUGGCACUGAACGCCUGAGCUCCUUCAUGCGCGGCUUCCUCACCGGCGCUCGAACACUGAUCGCCUGUGAGCACUAUCGGUCAUGGAAGUAUUUCACCGAGUCCAUCACCAACGUCACCAACCCCAAAUUGCUUGCUCAUCGAUGUGAAAACUAUGAGCUUUUUGAGGCGGGCAACUGCAACGACUGUGGCGAUGAGGGACAAAAUUGCGCCUGGUUUGGCCCUAGGUCUGCAGAGUUCAAGGCCAAGGGCGAGAAUCGCAUCAAGUUCUACCUGAACACCGCCGAGACGGAGCCCUAUUUCCAAUGA